GUAGACAAGAAGUCAAUUUUUUUAUUGUGUCGAAAAAAAUGUUUUUCGUAAUUUAUUUUUACUUUUUUUUCUCUUUAACCCUGGGUGAUGGAUAUAAAAUAUUGUCAAUUUCCCCAUUUACUGGAAAAAGUCACAAUAACAUGUUGGAAAGUGUGGCAAAAGCUUUGGCAUUAAAGGGACAUCAAGUUGACGUUGUUUCACAAUUUGUUUUGAAGAAUCCGCCGAAAAAUUAUCGAACAAUUAUCAAUUUAGAUGGAACAAUGCCGGCACAAAUAAAUAAUUGGACAAUAGAAAUGAUAAAUGAUUUCAAAAAAAGUGAUCUCAUUCCAACAGUGACAAAACAUUAUGGCAAUAAUUUUUGCGAUUUAAUGGCACUUGAUGCUUUACAGAAAUUAAUUAAACAAUCAUCAAAGGAUCGUUCGUAUGAUUUAUUAAUUACAGAGGCAUUUGCAAUAAAUUGCUACAUUGGUAUUGGACAUAUUUUGAAAAUUCCAGUAAUUAUAGUGUCGGCAUUGAAUGAAUUUUUAUGGUUCGACGAUAUACUGGGAAACCCAAUGUCCAAUGCAUAUGCAACUAAUUGGGUAGCUUCAGUUUUCCAGGUGAAAACCUUUUGGGAACGGGUGAAAAAUCAUUUUUUCACUCACUAUUACAAUUAUGAAUAUUUCGAGUAUACAGAAGAAGAACAAACAUUGGCCAUGAGAAAAUAUUUGAAUCCCACUAUACCAUCUGUUAGGGAAAUUGAAAAGAGUAUUUCUCUUCUUUUGGUUAAUGGCUAUCAUAGUUUUUUCGGCAUAAGACCAUUGUCACCAGCAAUUGUACAAGUUGCUGGCAUCCAGAUUGAACUCAGCGAUACAAAAAUGACACCGGAACUAAAGAUUUGGAUGGACGACAGUAAAGAUGGCGUGGUCUUCUUCACUCUUGGUUCGAUGAUUAUUAUUGAAGAUCUUUCAAGAGAAAUUAUACAGAAUUUAUAUGCAUCUUUCGCCAAAUUGGCACCAAUUCGCGUGCUCAUGAAAAUUGUUAAUAGAGGAAAACUUCCUCCGGGUCUGCCGAAAAAUGUCCUGACAAUGUCUUGGAUUCCACAGAUUCCAGUAUUAAAGCACAAAAAUACCAAAGUUUUUAUAACUCAUGGCGGAAUUAAUAGUGUCCAAGAAGGUUUAUAUUUUGCAGUGCCAAUGAUUGGUUUUCCAUUAUUUGCCGAUCAACCGUACAAUAUUCGCAUUCUUAGUGACAAAAAUGUGACUUACGAAAUGAAUUAUGAAAAUAUAACCGAAAAAUCGUUGACUAAAGCUUUAAAUGCUGUUCUUUAUGAUCCAAAGUAUCGUGAAUCUGCCAAACGUGAAUCAACACUUUUUCGAGAACGUCCAAUGAGUGCAACAGACACCGCAGUUUUUUGGGUAGAAUAUAUUAUAAGAAAUGGUGCAAAUUCUCUAAGAUCACCAUCAAUGGACAUGCCCUUUUGGAAAGCUGAACUUGUCGAUAUUUACCUAUUUUUCUUUAUUUCCCUACUUUUAAUAAGCUACAUAAUUUUUUUUAUUUUCAGAAAAAUUAUUUCCCUCUCCAUUACAACUAUUUUAAAUCCAAAUUCUCAAAGUCAUAAGAAAAAUGAUUAAUUAUCAAUUACUACUCAUUACACUGAAAAAAAAAUUUAUUUGAUUCA